GCAGGGUGGCUAAAGCUACCGCUCCCAGCAUGCUUCACGGCUCUGGCCGGUCCGGGCAUGGCGGCCGCGCGGGGGCCGAUGGGAGUUGGAGUUCUCUGCUGUGCAAGCAGUCAGUCAAUGGACGUGUGGGGUGGGACUUGGGGGGCUAGGGCGUUUGAGUGCCUCUGCAGAAAGGACCGUCGGAUCUCGCUGCCAUGUUCCCGGAGCCUCCGACCCCCGGACCUCCAGCGUCCGACGCGCCGCCGGACUCCAGCCGCAUCAGCCACGGCCCAGUGCCCCCCUGGGCCCUGGCCACCAUCGUGCUGGUCUCAGGCCUCCUCGUCUUCAGCUGCUGUUUCUGUCUCUACCGGAAGCGCUGUCGGAGGCGGAUGGGCAAGAAGAGCCAGGCCCAAGCCCAGGUCCACUUUCAGGAAGUGAAGGAGUUGGGCCAGAGUUACAUAGACAAGGUGCAGCCAGAAGUGGAGGAGCUGGAGCCAGCACCAUCCGGGCCAGGGCAGCAGGUGACAGACAAGCAUGAGCUAGGACGACUGCAGUACUCACUGGAUUAUGACUUCCAGAGUGGACAGCUGCUGGUCGGCAUCCUACAAGCAGAGGGAUUGGCAGCCUUGGACCUGGGUGGCUCCUCAGACCCCUAUGUGCGGGUCUACCUGCUGCCAGACAAGCGGAGGCGGCACGAAACCAAGGUGCAUCGGCAGACACUGAACCCACACUUUGGGGAGACCUUCGCCUUCAAGGUUCCCUACGUGGAGCUGGGAGGCAGGGUGCUGGUCAUGGCGGUGUACGACUUCGAUCGCUUCUCCCGCAACGAUGCCAUUGGGGAGGUGCGGGUCCCCAUGAGCUCGGUGGACUUGGGGCGGCCAGUGCAGGCCUGGCGGGAGCUGCAGGCGGCUCCGCGGGAGGAGCAAGAGAAACUAGGAGACAUCUGCUUCUCCCUCCGCUAUGUCCCCACGGCCGGGAAGCUCACCGUCAUCGUCCUGGAGGCUAAAAACCUGAAGAAGAUGGACGUAGGAGGACUGUCAGAUCCCUACGUCAAGGUCCACCUGCUGCAGGGCGGCAAAAAGGUGCGGAAGAAGAAAACUACCAUCAAGAAGAACACUCUGAACCCCUAUUACAACGAGGCUUUCAGUUUCGAGGUGCCCUGUGACCAAGUCCAGAAAGUCCAGGUGGAGCUGACCGUGCUGGACUACGACAAGCUGGGCAAGAACGAGGCCAUCGGGAGGGUGGCCGUAGGGGCAGCAGCUGGCGGGGCUGGCCUGCGGCACUGGGCAGACAUGCUGGCCAACCCCCGGCGGCCCAUUGCCCAGUGGCACUCUCUGCGGCCCCCUGACCGAGUGAGGCUGCUGCCUGCGCCCUGAUCCUCACCCCACGCUCCUGGCCAAGCCCGGACUCUCGCUGCUGACCCCAGACUCCUGAGACUGGCCGAAGCCAAGCCCAGUGCUACCCUGAAGGCUUCGCUGACCGCGAGCCCCUCCCCGGUCCCCAACCAUCUGAUCCUUUCCUGCCUUCUCACCCUCUAUUAUGCCGAUCGUGACAACUUUCUAACAACACCUCCCGUGCACAUACCCAGAAGCCCCAGGGACCCCUGGUUGGGGGAGGGGAAGCAGUCUGGUUCCGGCUGCCCCACGGUCCUGCCCUCUGCUCUGACAAUCCGUGUUCCCAGUUCACUAUCCCCUUCGCUCCCACAGUCGCUGUCCCCACACAGCCUGAUCCCUGCCCUGCUCCUGGGGCCAAAUAAAUAUUCAGCAGCUC